AUGGCACCCAAGGAGAAGAAACCAGUUGAAGUUGUGGUUUUUGAGAAUCCACAGAAGAGAAAAGCAUCCAGAAAGCCUUACCUCAAGCAGGAUAAACGCAAGAAGUUUAAAAAGACAGAAGAAGAAGAAGAAGAAAACCCCUCUAAACCACGGGCAUUCUUUGACCAAAAGAAGUUCCGAUAUGAUGUGAGGAAGCUGGGAAUUCAUGGCUUUGACAAAAAGGACAAGGAGACAGCUAUGGUAGAUUUUCUUGUAGAACUGGGAGCAAAGCCACCAAAGAAUAAAUGUUAUCCCAUCCAAGAAUAUCAGAAAAUUAUGAAGGAGAAAAAGGAUGAAGAAAAGAGAAUGGAAGAAUUAGAAAGAAAAGCUGGUAUUAAGAAGAAGAAACCAAGAACAAAAAAAGAUAAGUCCAGAGAUGAUAUUCUCGGCCAUGUGGAUGGCCAGGUUGGCUUUUACAAAGAAGGUGUACAGUUUGUCAAGAAACAUAAAUGA